ACUGAAAAUGAUAAUAAUAUUUAUUUUGUAAUUUUCUGUUCUAUUUUGUUGGUGAGUUGAGAAGUUCUAUCGGGGGUUGAUAUCGACAUGGGUAAAACUAAUUUAUUACGUGUGACCCAAAUGAAUGCCGUUUAUCUGGACAAAGAAAUAUUCAAAACUUUAUAUCAGUUAUUCAUAGAUUCAACUCGAAAUCUGCCUCCAGGAUUCAUCGCCCCAUAUGAACCUGAACUGAAGCUACUUCUCCACCUUGCUUUGUUACAUAGCUCAUUGUGUAAGGAAGGCAGCACAUUUGGCCAACAAUUGUUAUCAAUCAGAUACCAUAAAAUAAACAGUGCUCAGAAAAUAUUAUAUCUCAUAGCAAACUGCUUUGAAUAUGUCAAGAACAAACUAGAAUUCACUGCCCCAUCCCACAACAUUAAUAACACCAUUUUCAAGAUAUACACUGUUAUAAAGUUGUUGGACUUCAUCAAUUUAUCCAUAUUUUUGAGAAAUGGAGUCAAACCAUUGCUUCUUGAAAGGAUUCUGUGUCUAAAUCAAGUAUAUGCUACUGAUAAUGUACAAAGACAGUAUGAAUCUAAAUAUUUAGCAAGAGAGCUAUUGUGGAAUGGUUUCAUAGAGCUGUUAGUAUUCAUCCUACCACUAAUAAACUAUCAUAAAAUCAAGAGAGCAAUAAGAAAUAUAAAUCCAUUCCAUGUAAAGACAAAAUAUUCUGUUGUGGCCAAUAGAUCAAUGACAAUGCAUUCAAAAUGUGCCUAUUGUGGUGAAAAUCCAAUUUUACCACACCAUAUGGGAUGUUCACAUAUCUUCUGUUAUGUCUGUUUGAAGGGUAAUCAGGUUGCAGAUUCUAAAUUUGAAUGCCCAGCUUGUGAACAUAAUAAUCCCAAUUUACUAUGUGAUAGAGUGACAAUAAUGUGAUAAAAUGUGUGUAAAUAUUUCCACAUGUAUAAUUUAUAUAGUUUAUUCAUUUUAUAGUUUUAUUUUAUGAAACCUUAAUAAAAUUACCAAC